UGGCCCGCCUUCCCCGUAUAUGCAAAUGAAUUUCUAACCGUAGCGUUCGCUACCAAUCAGCCAGAGGCCCAGCAGCACAAGGCACGAGCGCAGCUGGAGAGAGCGCGCGCGGCAGGGCUUCAUGCAGCUCCUGUUUUGUUGGCCUGUGAAGUCGUCCUUCCAGACCAAGCUACUGCUGUGUUGUGCUCCUCUUUGACAGAUGCUCUGCAAGACGUUUCAGGGGUUCCGUGAAGAUGGUUGUUCCUGGGAGUGCCCCUAUAAUUCAGGCAGACCACAGCCUUGGAAAUGAACUGGGCCGUGUCUCAACAGAGAACUCUGUGAUGGGUCCAGAUGCAGAACCGACGGCUGAUCAGGUGGGCCCUGAACUGGAAGAGGUGCGGAAACUGCAAGAACUUGUGAGGAGACUUGAACUCCAGAAUCAGCAGUUGAGAACUAGAAGCCUCCGAAGUGUGCCCGAGGCAAAAAUGCUGAGCCAAGCUGGCGCUGGAGUGGAUAAUUGCAAUUCCAGGCUCAAUGGGAUGGAAAUGAAUAAUAGCAUCAAUGCACUGAUGGAUAAGCAGGAAUUGCAGAUAGUGGCAGACCUGCACUGUGCAUUGAGUAAAAUGAGGUCAGAAGCAGAUGAGAGCGAUGAGUUCUUGAAUAAGGAUGUAGGGACCACAGUGCAGCAUCACUGUGCAAGUGGUUCUGCGGAAAAGCCAUCCAGCACAAAGUUUGUGAGCAAUACAGAAAUGCAGAACAGUGAUGGUAACACCAACGACUCCUCUAUUUGGGAUUGUGGCAGCACAGUGCUUGUAGAAGAUUUCACCACAGGUGUUGAGCCAGCACUGACAACAAGUGAAGAGAGCAGUAAUGUAGAAGACCCCUUGAACAGGACAACUCUGGAUGAAGUGGAAGUGCUAGAGCUUGAGAAUGGCAGCGAUGAAGAGGACAGCUGGCUGUAUGUCUCUCCAAGAAAGUCAUCAACAGAUGAAAAAGAAUCUCCCCUAAAGUGGUGUAGGCAGGUGUUGGACCACCCAAGUCUUGAGACAGAGGCGGCUUGCCGUACCCUCAUCAACAGACUUGACCAAGCCAGUAGGUGGAAAUCCUUGUAUUGCAGUCCACUGGCGUCUCCAAGUGUGCAUAACUUGAAUGCAGACACAGGGUCCUGUAGCAAUGCACUAAACUCUCCCGGGCACUACAAAUCAACUAACAAACCGCUACUAACUUGUGGCAGCUCAGGUUAUUUGAGCAUGCAUUCAGCGUUGAGCUCUCAGUCUUCUGUUGACAGUGAACUCAGCACUUCAGAUGACUCCAUUUCAAUGGGCUACAAACUGCAAGACUUGACUGACGUGCAGGUUAUGGCUCGCCUACAGGAAGAAAGUCUCCGUCAGGACUGUGCCUCCAGUUCAGCCUCUGUUUCACGCCGCAGCUCCAGUGCCUCUUUGCAUUCCUUGCGCAGGGGCACCUACAGUGACCAAGAUUUUGACACGUACAGUUUGGAAGACGAGGACGAGGACUGCUCCUUUUCCUAUCACAGCAGUCACCGAUACUCACCAUCCCCACUCAGCUCACCAAGAUGCCAAUCCCCAUCCACAAACACAGACUAUGGCAGGGGAACAGGCACCCGGAUCCGACCCCCACGGAGAACAAUGCAAAGUCCCAUGCAGGAUAGGCUGAAAUAUUCUGGGAAUGAAGAGGACCUACGGCACAGCAUGCCUAACCUGGCCAGAACAGGUCUGCGCUCCUUGGAAUCAGUGAGGAACAGCCGCAGCUUGGAAUCAGAUCUACAGGUUCCCGGUAGUCGACUUUCCAGAAUGCAACAGCCAUCAUCCAGUCUGGCUCCAAGUAAGCUCCGCUAUUCCUCCACUGCUGGCCAGUCCCCCUUAACAGUCCGGCAGCCAGUGAAAGCAGGCUCCUGUGCCAACUCUCUCCUAACACCACGGCAGCCAGUUAGAGCUGCUGGUUUUGCCGGUCCUGCUGGCAGAGUCCGAAAGCUACAGUCUUCCACGAUCAAUUCAGGUUCUGCAAGUAGUUGCAGUUCUGUGGCCAGAAGCAGUAGUACGGCCACAAAAAAUGCCCUGACUAAAGGUAGAUCAUCAGUUGGGGGAACAUCCACUCUGAAGAGCAAGCUGACCCAGCCAGCCAGGAGAUUUCCGAAGGCCAAUGUUGUUUCUAUCGAUGACUCUUGGAAAGAUGGGUGUUACUGAGCCAGUCUGAAGAUGCUGAUAAAUAGUAACCUGUUGGUGGGUCGAUAGUGGGGCGAAAGCCCAGCUGGCUGGGCAGAAGGAGGUUCUUAAACUCCAGUCUUCUCCAUCGCCACCACACUUGGACCACCGGUCAUAAUCUUUUUCUGAAUUUAGACCACCUCUUGCCUUUGCUUUGUCUUGAUGGUGGAAAUGGACUGCCUUUUUGUUCUUGCUGUUGAGCCCUGAUGACAGUAGCUUUUGUACUUGGGAGUAUGUAUGGGUGCUUGAUGUCCAUACUUGAAGGCUUGCUCAUGGUGGUCACAAGGAGGGGAGAAGAGCAUGGGAUAGAGCUCCUGUGGCAGUGAAAAGCUUUUGAUUCUGUGGCUUCUUUUGUUUUGUAAAGGGGGCUAGGGAAGUAGGCACAACUAGAAAUGACCCUUCACAACGUCACCUGGAGCAUCCUAACUUCGUUAGGAAACUCAGAGGUUGUUUUUAUUAGUCCUGAAUAGGUGUCUCUUCACGACUUUUAUUAUUGUAGAGGCUGAAACAGGUUUUUAUAAUAAUUGAUAGUACACCUGAGAUUUGUAUCACCUGUCACAAGAGAGUGUCUUAUGCUCAGCAGGAGCAUCACUACCACCACCUUUAAGGCUCUUUUGUGGGCUUGCUUGCAAGGCUGCUGGGUGCCCUGCAGUACCCAUUCGUUCUCUUCCUUAACUUUUAGCUGGGCAAGACUUGCCAUUGGUGUGGGCACCACUUCUGCAAGCUGCAAAUGCAGUUGAAGUGUUUCUCUCCCCCAGUCAUCUUCACCGAAUUGCAGAUGCUAAAAUUCGCCUUUCUGCUUUUGUACAAGUCUUUUCUACUGUCCUUUUUUUGAUGACGGAACUUGGUUUUUAAACUAAAUCAGUGGCUGCAGGAGCUUGCUCCAUGCAAGAAUACAAUCAUACCUGGGAAUGGAAACUGGGCUGCCAGCUCUGCUUCCUGCCACCAAUGUGACUUGAUAUUGUAGUUAAUAAAUGUGAAGGGGCUAGUA